GCCGCCCCCAGACGCGCGUGGCUGCUGGCGAAGGCUGAGACCGCGCUCCCGCCGGCCAGUUUGCAGCAGCGGCAGCGGCAGCAGCAGCGCAUCCUCCCUGCUCCGCGCCUUCGCUCCGGACUCGCGUCGUCGAAGCCCCGCGGUGAUGAGCCCCGAGCCCGUCCCGCCGCCGCCGCCGCCCCAGUGCCCCGGCUGCGACCGCGCGGAGCCGAUCGCCCAGCGCUGGGAGGAGGGCGACGAGGCCUUCAGCGCGGGCGAGUACGAGAUGGCAGCCGAGCUCUUCCGCUCCUUGCUGGCCGGGCUGGCGCAACCGGACCGCGGCCUGUGCCUGAGGCUGGGGGACGCGCUGGCCCGCGCCGGCCGCCUCCCCGAGGCCCUGGGCGCCUUCCGUGGCGCCGCGCGGCUCGGGGCGCUGCGGCCGGAGGAACUAGAGGAGCUGGCGGGCGGCCUGGUGCGCGCCGUAGACCUGCGCGAGCGGCCGCCGUCCGCUGAGAACCCGGGCUGCGAGCCGGAGGCGCCUGCGGAGGGAGGGCCGGCCCCGGCGCCCCGCACGCCCCGCGACCUACUCGGCUGCCCGCGCUGCCGGCGGCUGCUGUACAGGCCAGUGACGUUGCCCUGCGGGCUCACGGUUUGCAAGCGCUGCGUGGAGCCGGGGCCCGCGCGGCCUCAGGCGCGGCGCGUGAACGUGGUGCUGUGCGGCCUGCUGGAGAGGUGCUUCCCGGCCGAGUGCAGGGUGCGCAGGCUGGCGGGCCUGGCGCGGAGCCUGCAGCGCCAGCAGCAGCCCGAGGCCGCGCUGCUCAGGUGCGACCAGGCCCUGGAGCUGGUUCCUGAUGAUAAUUCAUUAUUGCUGCUGCGGGCAGAGUUAUAUUUGAUCACGAAGAACUAUGAGCAAGCUCUCCAGGAUGCCAGCACAGUUUGUCAGAAUGAACCUCUCUUGAUUAAGGGACAUCAUGUAAAAGCUCAAGCUCUUUCUGGAUUGGGAAGAAGUAAGGAAGUGUUAAAGGAAUUUCUCUACUGCCUUGCUCUAAAUCCUGAAUGUAACGCUGUGAAGAAAGAAGCACAGAAGGUAAUGUGUGAAGUGCUGUUUUCAGCUGCAGAAAGUGUGCAUGAGAAUUUAACAUCUUCCAUCCAAAGUAGAUUAGAGGCCCAAGGUCACAGCCACGUGAAUGCCCAGUCUCAGCCGGAAGACGGUGACGCAGGGAGCUCUGAGAAUUCAUCUGAGAAAUCUGAUAUGCUUGGAAAUACCAAUUCUGUAGUUCUAUAUUUCAUACUGGGUCUGCACUUUGAAGAGGAUAAAAAGGUGUUAGAAAGCAUCCUUCCGACAGCACCCAACGCUGGCUUAAAGGGACAGUUUCCAGAUGACAUGGAGGUUGCACCUGACCUGAACGCUCCUGGAAAAAUUCCCAAGAAAGAUUUCUCACCUCAAAGAAGCCUGAACUCUGAUAUGGAAGAAAGUCAGUGGCUCUCGCUUGAUGUGACUGACUUUGAGUGUGCCCUCUGCAUGAGGUUGCUCUUUGAACCUGUCACUACGCCCUGUGGACACACAUUUUGCCUGAAAUGCCUUGAGCGCUGCCUUGACCAUUCCCCACAGUGUCCAUUGUGCAAAGACAAACUUUCGGAACUAUUGGCAAGCAGAAACUUUAAUAUAACUGCUCUGGCUGAAGAAUUAAUAAUUCGGUAUUUGUCGGAUGAAUUGUCUGACAGGAAGAGAAUUUAUGAUGAAGAAAUGUCGGAACUGUCAAAUCUGACCAGAGACGUCCCCAUCUUUGUGUGUGCCAUGGCCUUCCCCACGGUCCCAUGUCCACUCCAUGUCUUUGAGCCCCGCUAUCGGCUUAUGAUAAGAAGAUGCAUGGAAACGGGCACCAGGCGAUUUGGCAUGUGUUUAUCUGCUGAGCACGCAGGGCUUUCAGAGUACGGGUGCAUGCUGGAGAUUAAGGAUGUGAGAACAUUUCCUGAUGGAAGUUCCGUUGUAGACGCAAUUGGCAUCAGUCGGUUCCGAGUGCUAAACCACCGCCACAGAGAUGGCUAUAACACAGCGGACAUUGAGUAUCUUGAAGAUGAAAGGGUGGAGGGUCCAGAAUAUGAAGAACUUGCCGCUCUCCAUGACUCCGUGCAUCAACAGGCUGUUUCCUGGUUUGCGUCUCUCCAGGAUCGCAUGAGAGAACAAAUUUUAAGUCAUUUUGGGGUGAUGCCAGAGAGAGAACCUGAGCCUCAGAGUAAUCCCAGUGGCCCUGCCUGGUCCUGGUGGAUCCUGGCCGUGCUGCCCCUGGAGCGCAAGGCUCAGCUGGCCAUCCUCGGCAUGACCUCACUCAAAGAGCGGCUCCUUGCCAUCCGACGGAUAUUAGUCAUCAUCACGCGUAAGAUGAAUAGUCGGCAGGAGCUGGCUAAUGCCAGGCAGAGAAAUAAUUGAUUUUUUUUUCUCUCUGUUAAGGUUUCUGGAAGCCCUUGUACUUUCAUAAAUGUCAGCCAUGGACGAAUAGCUGUCCAUUCAUUGUGCUUUGUCAAGUGCUUGUGGAUAAGGUUCCAAAAUGGAACACUUGCCAAAUAUUGAGUCCUCCUCAAAAAUGACAAUUCUGUGUCUGGUGGGAUCUGACCUUGUACAAGGUUAGCCUGAAGUCUGAAUGGAGCCCAUAGUUGAAAAACAACCUAAGAAAAUCUCUUAGAGGCAGAUGCUUGGGGAAUGCAAUUCACUGACAGCACAGGACCCCGCAGAUGGUUUACAUGUGGUUUAGGUUUCACGAGAAAGAAGGAUUCCCUUCCCAGUCAGUAUCUUGCUCUGCCAGGUGGAAAAGGCGUGCUUAAGUGUCUAGACAGUAGGAGGAAGCACGUUUUUAUCUGGAAGUGGAUUUCUUAGAACACAGGCUAACUAAAACGACGCCUAGGCUUUGUGUGUUGCUGUGAAGUUAUCUGUGAAAUUGAAUCAUCACACCAUUGUUCAGUGUGGGAGCCCAAACUAGUCCUUACCCAAGAAGUAGUAGCCACCGGGUAGAACUGUGUUUAGUGUUCUGUUGUAGUCCCAGGUGUUGUAAAUUGCAUGUUGUAAUCAAAUGAAUGUCAAAAUAUAAGAAAGUGUACCUUGGAUAUAGAAAAACCUAAGAACAGUAUAGUUCACUUGAGGAGAUAUAUAUAUAUAUAUAUGUAUAUAUAUAUAUAUUUACACACAAUAAAGUGAGCAAAAGUGAGUUAAAAUUGUAUAUACAUUGGGAUGUCAAACAUAAAACCGCCAAGUGCAAAGAACGCCUUGAAAGUAGAACCUUGUCUCAUUGACCAAUGGUUACUAAGCAUUUAGAAAAGUCAUCUUUUCUACUGGGAUUUUAAUUAGAAAUUAGACCCAUCAGUAAAUUCAGUUUACUAUCCAUUUAUUAAUACACAAAAACAUUAACAAUCUGUCAUACCAUGAUAAUCUGUCUAUUUCAGAAAAAUAGAUCAGAAUAUACGAAGGGAGGAUGGACGGUAUGAGAUGGAAAUAUUCAGCAGGUUUUUCUCCAACACCAACCUAAGAUUAUAUUUUUGAAAGAAAGUUUUACAGUGAUCAGACCAUGUGUUAUCUGUUAACGGACAGUACUAUAACUUCCAUCCUGUAAUGCACAUCGGUGAUAUUGAUUGGAAUAACUGAAUCUGAGAUACUCAUAUGUUCUCUCUGGCCUAACCAGCUGGUGCAUUGAGUUGGCUUCCUCAUCUGCAAGGUAGACAUUAUUAACCAGAGGGUCACAACCACUAAAGAGCACAUCACAGCUGCAAGUUUUGCUUUGUUCAUUGAAGUUGUAUGUGAUGUUUUAGUUUUUAAAUAUAUAUCUCAUAAUACACAAUGUUGAUGGUUAUCAAUCCAUCAAGCAUUUAGUAGAAAGACUUUACAAUAUUAUUAAUUUUUCUUGUAGUUUUCAGUAGAUAAAACUUAGUCUUAUCAUGAGAGUUAGAAAAUAACAGCGUCACUUAAUUAUAAGAGAAAAUGUGAAAGUCUUUUCCAAUCCAGUGUUUCAAGUGCCUCACUUAUUGUGAAUCUCAACUAUCAUCUUGAGAUGGUUUAAUGGCAGUUUGGCCAAGUGAUUUCUAAGAGAUUUUAUUAAUUUAUGCAUUAACAAUAGUAUUCAACUUUCUUAGGCAUUAUAACCUAACCCAAUGAUUUAAAAGGAAACAAAAUGCAGCUCACAUGCCAGAAGACCUUAACCAGAAGUGGUUUAUGAAAAUUGAUCUGCAUUGACCAUUCUCUGCCUUCCUCUUUUGGAAAAUCUUUUUGUACCUUCAUAUCACAGCCGAAUAGUUAUCAUCGCCAUUUCCAUUUGGAAGUGUCUAGAUAACCACAAUGUGAUCACAGCUUCUCCACGAGCCUUCCUAAAGUUAACUUGGUACACUUGCUAUAACAUUUGGAACCUGUUGCUUUCUCUUCCUCACUCUUUAAAUGUCAUGUCACACAGUUCUUAGAAUCAGAACUAUUCAGUUAUUUCUUCAUGAUUCUGCCUGCCUUUCUGGUCUUCUCAUUCUGCAUGUUGUUAUGUAAAAGCCUGAACAACAACGAUGACGCAGAUGAGAGCAACACAUGCUUUUAUUUUUUGAUACCAGAGGGAAUUAACUAUGAUCACAUCGUGCUCUCUCUGUUCAGCAUUCCACCCCCACAUGCUGCAGCGUGGGAGUAGAUUGGUACUUACUGAGCACUUAGAAACAUUAUGCAUCAGGAACAGAGUCAGGAUGACUGCGUCCUAUGGUCAUGUCGUGAAGGAAGCCUCCUUUUACAAACUGAAAAACAAAACAACCCCCAGCUUCAGUUUGCUGCCAAUCAAGCCAAAGCAGAACGUCUGCUUCCUCCUCUGCCUGCCCUCUUCUGCCCCUUUUCUGUCAGGGAGAUGCCAAUUCUAAGCAUUUCUCAGAAAAUAAUUUAAUUUCUCAUUCAAAGUCAGGACAUUCCAGCUUAAUUGAACUGAAAGUGCUCCAACAGUCAUGCUCUAGUUACAUUGGAAUAAAAGCAAAAAAGAGUAAUAGCAGAGUGGGGGAGUCAUUUUUCUUCUUGAGGAACAAUACCUGCUGUUCGGUAUUUUUCUAUUCGUUGCCCAAACCUGCCUGCGUCUUUGAAAUGCAAGUAAGAUCCCAAAGGCACCAUGGCCUUUUUAUCAUAUCCCAUCUCCUGUGUGUGUCCUCAUCUUCAGAAUUGAAAGUUAGGAUACUUUUUAAAUUUUCAAGAGAAUUUAAAAUGUUAAGGUUUACCUAAAAUGUUAAGGUUUAUCCAUAGAAACACAAUAAUUCUUAACCAAUUCAUAUACCAAAUUCAAUAGUAUUAUCUCAUUUAUAGGGUCACAAAUGUGUCAUUUUUGCACUUAAACCUCUUCCCCCUCAAAAACAAAAAACACCAAGACCAUUUAACAAAUGAUACAACUCUUAACGUAUGUCAAGUCUUACCAUAGGACUUUUGAAUAAUCAAGGAACAACUGAAGUUUAUGGAUGGUAGAAUUACAGUGAACUGCGGCAUCAUCACUGUAUUAUAACCUUUUUGGAAAAUUGGCAGUUGUUACCAUCACAAUAAUCCAUUGCCUAUGUUACAUAGAAUUUGUUAUAAUGUUUAAGUGCUUUAAAAAUUAUAAAGCACCAUCUGUUUAUUCUCCUUCUUGUCUUCUUUUGUGCCCCACCACUUAAAUUACUCGGGUAAAUGCUACUCUUCAAAAUUCAAAUACUGUCUAUCAAAUAAGAAGGAAUGCAAAAGAUAUGAAGAAGAAAGGCAAUUAGAAGCAAAUUAGAAGAAAAUAAAUGUGGGUGAUUUCUUUUAGUUGACAGCACAAAGUUUUAUUUUUCCCCAGUAUGGCUAUCAAGUUGAGUAGGGAGGUCCCUAUCUCCCCACUUUUUAGCAUAGACAGCAGUGGCAGCCAGUGGAAGGAGUUCUUCCCCUUCAACACCUUCCUGAAGGCCACAUUCUGAUUCUGUUGUUCACCAAAACCUAAUUCCCAGGGAAGCCAGCUCCAGAUAGGAAAGAUCAGCUGUGUGAGCCAUCGCCCACACAGGGAGAUAACUGAACCCCUUUGCCAGCAUCACCCCCUCUCUACUAGGGUGAGACACAUCAUUCGGCAUACUGGCUCUGACUCCCAGGGAAAGGCUUUUUCCCUUUACUUCAGCCUCACCUUGACUUUUACUUCUCAACUGCUGAAUUUCAUCAAAUAGCCUUUUAGCAGUUUCUCAGCUUUUAGGAGAGCAGAAAUAAUGAAGAAGUUGAAGUGCACCCAUUGCAAUUCCCCAAGUUGGGGACGUUAGCUCUGAUUUGCACCCAGGUCUGAUAAAGGUGACUGGAUGAGGACAUAGAGAGGUGGAUGCCAUGGAUAGUGUUUACUGUUCCUCACAAUUCCUGUAGACACGAGAGAAUGAGAGGCAGCAGACCACACCAGGGCAUGAGGGGAAGCACUGGAGACAGGCAGAAGCAGGAGUGAGGGAGAGCAUGGCUUAGACCCUCUAUGGUGUUGUUCUGCAGGACAGGCAGGGCAGGCAAACAGCUUAGACUGUCUGAUUUAAGUAACAGCUCAGACUCUAGGCUAUAUGGGUGGUCUGUAGCCAUCUGGCACCUGGCCCUGGGUGAUCAGGGUGGGAGAUACUGCCUCCUAGUUUGUAAGAGCCAGAUAGAGAAGGCAGUUUGGAGGAUGGGCUCUGCAUUGGUUACUUUGCUCCCAGGCUAGCCCUUUGCUAUGUCUAAGAAUUGACUCGCCCUGGGACGGGCGGUUUCUCCUGGGUCAGCGAGGUCCCCGAGAUGUCAAAAUAUCAUAAAAUAUAGAACUCACAACUAAUACAAUUGGUCCCUCUGCUGUUUUGAGAUACUGAGGUCACUUUCGAAAGCAAAAACUUUUAAAGAGUAGGGCAUUGCCUUAAAAAGCAUAGAAAACGUUUUAUUCUGAGAGUAGAAAGGAGGAACACACAUGGAAAUACAGGAGUCCCUUAGGCUGGCCCAUAGCUAAGGCUCUCAUGUAUAUGGCAUUAGUCAAGAACAUAGUUCUGCAGUUUUGGGGGGCCUCUACCAAUUUCUUGGUGCAGUUGUUAACGUGUUAAACAUACGAGCCUGGUGAUAUUGCGGUGUUUCUCGGCUUGGGGUGGCAGGUCUGGCAGUUGUGUGGUUGGGGGUGCGCAGUGAUAGUUCAGUAAAGGAUAUGCAGAGACUCGUGGUGUUCAUGUGUCACCACAGGGAGGGAGUGUCUAUGGAGGCGCAGGACAGGAGGUCGUGUGGAAAGCCAGCUGGGGCGGUAGGAGAAGGCCCUGGGAGUGGGUGCUCCUCCCCCAGGGGUUGAGGAGUUGACUGAUAGGAGGCAGUUCCCUCCUGGGAAAGCAAGACACUCCCUUAAGUAGUCCCUUCUUCCAGAGUUUUCAUUUAGACAUGGGAGUAUAGGGAGCCAUGUUUUGGCAGAAAGCAGGGCAUGUGUCAGGAUCAUGGGCUAAGCAGAUGGGAGGCCAGGAAACAUAGUGGACUCCUCAAUAUUAAAAGGAAGAACAACAAAAAUGUCAUAUGCCCACUUGGUGCCUCAGAAGAGGCAGCCCAUGGGCAUCACUAGGGCAGAGGUUUUAAUAUCUGGGACUAAGUCAUCUCCCACGGUGAGGCUGUGGCUGGGGCCAUGUCAUCUUCAGCCAUGAGCUGCUGGGCUGGGCAGUGUCUUCUGGGAUGUGAGGUCUCCGGCUAAGCGGAUCCCUACUUGUGCUGACGUGGUUCCCAGCACUUGGUUGAAACAGUGGCUUACCUGGAGGGUCUGGGCCUUUAGAUCAUAAACCAGUGAAAGCCCCCAGAUCAGUGGUAACAAGAUCGAUAGACACCAGAAUGCGUACAGCUGCACCUGACAGGGUUUUGAUUCUUCCUUUUUGGUGGAAGUUUAGGUUCAAGUGGGCUCCGUAUCAGAUGAGCAGCUGCCUGGCCUGUGGGAGCCCUGGGGUUAAUGGAUCCAGGAGAGAACAUAUUCUCUUUCUGGUCUCUAGCACUUAUCAGGUGGGCACAAGAUCCAAAAUUUAUAGGAAUAGGGAGAAACAUUAUAAAAGGCCCUAAUAUGUAAUGAGCUUUUAUAUACAAGAAAGCAAGACGUAGUCCUCUUUUUGUUUAAAGGGGGCUAUGGUAAUGUGUUUUAAAGUUUGUGUGAGGUGUGAGUCAGCCGAGAGGCCCUAAAUUAAGAGAGAUUAAGGUUUGUGGGGCAAGAUAGAGACCCAUUUCGGGGUCCAUUUGCAGACCAGAAUUUGAAAUGGAGCUGUCUGAGGAGACAUUAUGUCUCUUAGUUAAACCGGUUGUGUGAAACCUGUCAGGGCUGUGGAAGUUGUGACGAAGGCCUUUUCCCAGAGCCUAGUAUGGUGGAUUCUGAGACGUGGAAUGUGUGUCUCAGUUACUUUCAGUGAUGCCAGCCACCCUGAAGGGACGAGGAGUACCACGGCAAGACCUUGUAUCCCAGCUGUAGCACAUGUGAACAGGUGUGAUUUAGAUUUAGGUUUUGAUAUCUGUGAGGAAGAGUCCCAGAGUUUUUUAUCCUGAAGGGGGGCAACUCUUGAGCAGUGGUCCAACAGUUGGCCAUAAAUGUGAAAUUGGGGCCCUGUGCUGACCAGGGCCUCCAGCGUUAAGACGACUGCCUGACAUUGGCCAUGUGCAUUGCUUUUUGGGUUCCGAUUUGUAUCAGGGCAUCCUGGCUAAAGGAUGGAAAGAAGCAACAUUCUAUUGGGCUCCAUCAUUUAUAUGAGGGUUGGCAAUGUCAUCUCUACUGUUUGUGAACUCCCAGUGCUAUUCACUCAGUUAAUCUAAGGGACCCCAAGGGAUCUGGGGGAAGAUGACCUCACAAGGGACUGAGGACAUGGAAGACCACUCUCUUGAGGAUAGAAUGCAGCAGAGGGCCCAGGCUUGGAUCCAUCCUGUCCUAAGGAGGCAUCAGUAGUUUUGCUGAGCUUGUUAGGUGCUUAUGAUGAGCAACUGGAGAUUGGGGUCUUAGGCUCAGGUCUCUAGGAGCCUCUGUGUUCAGGAGAGCCCAGCAGGCACCCAGCCAUUUACUGUUAUAAUGAGGUAUAGCAUGAGUCUGAGAGGGGCAGUUUCUUCCAUCCGAAGCCCUUGGGCACCUAUGUCCAUCCUAAGUGGGCUGGAACUCCAGGCCUGCGUAGAGCUUGCCGGGGUUUCUAUAAUGAGGGGGCCUCUGAGGGCACCAACAGGAGUGCCCAUGGAUUUGAAUUUCGUUUGAUUUUAGAGGUUGUUUUCAGAGGGAACACCAUUUAAAGCAAGCUGAUUCGUAAGCAGCAGCAAGAAAAUUAAGUAGAAUGUGUAAAUGAGGACUACAUUGCCAUCAGAACCUCAAAAGUAUUUGAAGAUGUUGGACUUGCAUGUCCCUAAUGAGCAUGAUGAUGAAUCUCCUCAUUUGUGCUACUGGAGAAGGUGGAUGUGGUAUAGACCUUGUCUGCAGAGAUUGUGUGCUGUGGCAAAGCUGUGGAGCUCCCUGUGGGUGGCCUGCAAAGGUCUAUGUGUCCCUUCAGAGCAGGAGGCAAACUGCAGCCAAGAAGCUGUGCAAGCAGGCACUUAAUGGGACAUGUUAGCCAAGUCUGUAAGAUCAAAAUAUUGGCCAGUUAUUUAAGGUAUAGAAUUAGUAAUUUUAAUAAUACUGGAAAUUGGGUAAUAGAUGGGACCACAGCAAUAAGGUUGUAGUAGUCCACCACGAGGCACCCCCUUUUUUUUUCCAGGUUUAAGGAUAGAAAAAAUUCAGUGGAGAGGCAAUGGGUGUAAUUACUCUUUAUUAAUUAGUACAUUUUAAUUCUUGAAGGCCUCAUAUUUAACUGUUUUAACUGGAGGUCCAGGGACAUCGUUUAUCAAGCUAGUUUAUAAGUGCCAAAGACUGAUUUUAGUUUUAACUUAUUAUGUGUUAUAUUAGAGUAUCUGUGUCCAAUAUGGGAUAUUGGGGCACUGGGUACUAUGACCACGGGAAACUUAGGCAGGCUACAGUUAAAGUGAAGCAUACCUUCUUUUCCCCUAUUUUAUGUUGGGUUGCCUUUUUUAAAAGAUUAUAGGGGGUACAGUGUUUAGAUUUAGUGGGAUCUCUAGGUAUAACUGUAAUUUGAGCCCCAGUAUUAAGACUAUGAAGCUUUAAUGGGUACAUUUUAGCAAAUGUUACAGUUAAUUUAGAACCUAAGUUAUGGAGACACAAAAGCCAAUAGGCACCCUUUUAACUUUUGGUUAUAUCAAUUUUUUAAGUAUAAAAAUUUAUUUAUUUGUAAUAUUAAUAUAUAAUUUGUUGCAUAAAUUUUUAGUGCCUAAGUGUUGGAUAUCUAAUUGGAUCAGAUAAGGGACCUCCAUUUUAGUUUGGUUGUAUAUGUACAAUACGUGUAUAAUUUAUUCUAUAUUUGCAUUAAAAUGUUCUAUCUAUAUGUGUGUAUGCGUAUAUAUAUGCACACACACACAUAUACACACACAGUCUAUUUAUUUACCUUUCAUUUUCUCCCCUUGUACCUAGGAUUUUUCUUGCUUUUCUUUUCUUUUUUUUUUUUCCUGAUUUUGUGGCUAUUUAGUUGGAAGGAGGCGCUCCCAGCAUGUUGAGAGCAGGGUGUUCCGGAGUGUCCAAGCACGCUGGCCACGGUGGGGUUACAGGCUCACAUAGCUCAGGGGCUGCUGCAGGUCUCAGGGGAGUGGGACAAAGUGCCCCACCCCUCCCAUUUUCUUUAAACCUUGAGCCACUGGUCUCUGUGGAUAGAUCCUUUGUAUCCCACUGGAUGGAGGAACGGGUCACAACAGCUGCAAGGCUCCUAAAGCAACAUUUAAACCUUUUGGCUGCCGUCAUUUCUGUGAGGAGAGCGUCUCUCACCAGCCACAAGGCUGGAGGAUCCCUGAAGCACUUGGAGGCCAGUAGCCAGAUCCUUUCCCUGUAGUGCAAUUAAUUCCUUACUGGAUGUCAGGGGUGGGCCCUGUAGGUGAGCAGCCCACCACUGACUUCAGCGUUGCUGGCUCAGUUAUCAGACUCUCAUCCAACACAAGCUCGCAGGGAAUAACGUUCGUUGCUCCUUGUGGAGGGAGUUAGCCUCACUGCCCAGCGACCACCAGCCAAGCAAGUAGGUAUGUUCAGGUAGAGAAUUCAGAGGGACCCAGUGCAUCCAAUUAUAUGUCCCAGAAGGUGCCGCAUAGGAGACUACGAUUGACAUCACCCUAAUCUGCAGCACCAAGAACAGAAUGAGCUCAGUCCUCUUAUAAAUUAGGCUGGACUGUCACAGACGCUUUGGCAGACACAGCCUACGUGGUGCAGCCAAAGUGCAAACACCAGCAGUGGCCAUGCUCCCCAGGGUGGGUCCAGCUAGUAAGCCACGCGUGGCCAAGAGGCAAGGCAUGACCUCUGCCACACACAGACUCACCUGCUCACUGUGCCAGUGGUAUCAACAUGCACCCACAUGUUUAAUUCAUAAAGGAAAGGCUGAUGUCACUGGAAGAAAAGUUUGUUACUUGCACUUCUGGAGGAAAGGAGCGUACCAUGCCAUGCAGGGCCACAGGAGGAGGAGGCACUGGAGUGGUCAGGAGGCAGAACUAGGGACAAGCACAGGUAGGCAUCUUUCCAUGUGUCUCCAUGGCAAAGGCGAAGCUGGGCAGGGGCAGAGUUUAGGAUUGGCAGGUUUGACUCUCUUAGGCUGUAGUUAUACAGGUGGUCUCCAGCUGUCUGGUGCCUGGCCCUGGGUGAUGAGGACAAGGGGAUACUGCCUCCUGGGGUAGAAGAGACAGAUCGAGGAGUUGGCUCAGAGGACGGGCUCUGAAUUGGUUAGUGUGCAAAGGUGUGCUCCCAAGAGAGCCCUUUGCUCUAAGAAUUGGCUUACCCUGGGAAGGGCAGUCUCUCCCCAGUCAGUGAGGUCCCCGAGGUGUCAAAACAUUAUACAUUGUCAAAAAAAAAAAAAGCAUGAUUAAUAUAAGUUCAUUCUGGCAUUUCAGGAUACAGCUGCUAGAAGAGGUUUGUAGUCUCCAAAUGAGCGGGUUUUUCCUCUAGAGAGGGGCGGGCCUGGACCUUCAGGCACCCCUUGGUGUGUUUGGGAACUGAGGAGCAGAAGCACCUGCCUACAGCCCUGCAGCAAAGGAAGCUCCUCUCAGUCACUCAGAGCAGGGAGGGGCUGGGAGAGGCACGUGAGGCUCCCUGGGUACUAUGACAGUUCCCAAGGCAGGGGAUUGGCCCUGACCGUAAUAGAGAACCCUGAGAAGUUUGCUGUCAUGAGUCUGAAUUGGUUGGCACAUGUGACCUUUAAAGGAUGAAAAUGGAGUUUCCAACAUGAAUAUCUCUAACCUUUUGCUUUUCAGAGAUCAUUUUUUUAAAAAAAUUGCAUUGGGACCUUCAGUAUUUACCAUACAUUAAAGUUUUGUCACCUUUUGUACUAUAAACAGUUCAACCAGUGAUCAACUUCUCUGUCAUGCUGUUUACCCCACACACAAUUUUCCACUCAAUUCUGAAAAAAAAAAAAAAAAAAAAAAAAACAUCUGUUAGUAGAUAGGUUGGAAAGCUGUGUACUCUAUUCAUAUAUUGUUCUUUCAUGCUAGUGGAGAGUGGUGUCAUUAGCAUCUUAAUUUUAGAGUUGUGAAAUGAUUAUACCAAUUAAGAAUUGAAUGUGUACUUUUUUUCUAUUUAAUUAGAGCAAAUUUGAAUAAAUAAGCUGGUAUACGUAAACGUAAUAAUCAUGCUUUUUCCUGUUUGGAAUAGGCAGUGUGUUGUCAUAUCCUGUGAUAGAGGUCACUCAUCUGGCCUUAUGUUUCCUAAGUUUAAGUCUGGUUUGAAGAUGUUAUAGUAAUACUCAGUAUUUCUUGUUGCUUAAAUGAGACCAAACUUAAAUGUUACAGUAUUUACUACAUGUGUUCUUGUACUGUUCAUUUCAAUUAAUUGGUAUUGUAUAUCUAAUAUGUGAUAUUUGAACUCAAUAAAACGUACAGUGUUGUAAA